UCUCUCCUACUAUCCUCCUCCUAGUCUCCUAGUCCUAGUCUUCUUCCUCUGCCUCAGCCCCACCUUUCACAAGUUUCAUUUUCUUCCCCAUGAAUCCUCUCUUGUCUGCGCUGACUGCUCAACAUUGUAUUCCUCCAUUUUGAUGUCCCUUUCUCAGUUCCAAGUCGUCAUCCACAAUCUCUUCUUCUACCAAUAGGAGUUUCUUGGAAUUUCACUUUAUAUAUGUAUAACCAACCAAUAAAUUCUUCUCAAAGUUGCAUCUUGUUGGAUAUUUGAAAUCCAAACUUCCAUCGUUUCUUUGCUUCUUUCGUUCUUGAUAUCUCAAGAAUUUCUUUGAUUGUUUCUCAUUUUCUUUUGUUCUCAGAGUUCAAAAUUCAGGUGGUAUUUGGAUGCACUUCACAUUGAAGUGAAAUUCUGAGAUUUUACUAAAAACUCUCAUCUUAGUUCUGGUUUGAGUGGAUUUCCAAUUACAUCAGCUCAGCUGUUCUUUUCAAGAUUGCCUUUUGUUGAAAUUUGCCUAUUAUUUCAAGAAAUCCCAUCUUGAUUCUCUUGUCAGAACCUAAAAUUUCUCCAAAAAACUCUAGUUUUCAUGAAAUGGGGAGCUCAGGAGAUAGCAGUGGAGUAUUAGGUGGUACAGGUGCCAUGGAGCUGACAGGGAAGAUCAUGGUGGUGGCAAUAAUCCUCCUCUUGUUUGUUAUAGUCUUUGUCUUCUGCCUUCACCUCUAUGCCAGAUGGUUUUGGUCUCGCCGCCAAGAAAACACCACAGCCACCACCACCAGGCGCCGCCGCCGCGGCCUUGAGUUUGCAGCUGGCCAACAAGAACUAAUGGUUGUGUCCGCCUUCCGGCGUGGUCUAGACCCUUGCGUCCUCAAAGCCAUACCUGUUAUUACAUUUGAUCCUAAAGAAUUCAAAGAUGGAUUGGAAUGUGCAGUGUGCUUGUGUGAGGUUUGUGAAGGUGAAAAAGCCAGGCUUUUGCCCAAAUGCAAUCAUGGCUUCCAUGUGGAUUGCAUAGACAUGUGGUUCCAAUCACAUUCCACUUGCCCCCUUUGUAGAAACCCUGUUGCAAGCCAGAAACAAUCAAAUUCAUCUACUGAUGCAACAUUGGAGGAUGUUCUUCAAGCUCCAAUAGGGGAGAAUUCAGGUGUUAACAUUUCUUCAACAGAAGCUCCAAGUUUCCCAACCAAUGUGUUAUUUUGGGGGGACGAUAAUCAAGUUAGCUCGUUCGGUCCUUGUAUGGAGGAAGAUCAUCAAGGUAGUGGAGAAUCAUCAAGUUCAUCAUCAUCAUCAUCGACCGCACCAACGGGCAACAGGCCUGAUGGGAUGUUGGUGAUCGAUAUUCCAAGGCAGGUAAACGAAGAGGAAGAACAGAAAUCUCCAUUGCCAACGAGAUUCAGGACACUGAAGAGGCUCUUGAGUGGUAAUAGAAGGGUUAAUCCUUCUAGUCCAAGAAACUUGGAUUUGGAACAAGGAGGAAGAGCACAAAGUUGAUUGCUUCAUUGAAACGUGUUCAUGUGAUAUACAUAUGUGCAUUGGUUGGAUCAGAUGGAUGAAAUGCUAGUUGAAGGUGAUUAGAAUAAAAUGGUCUUCAUUGGCAUUUGGCUGUGAUGAACUCUACCAGCACAAAAAUUUACUCCUACUCAGAGUGGAUAUAUAUGGGACUUCCACUAUUUAUUCGAGACGAGAAACAGUCAUAUACAAGCAUAGAAGAACUGAAUGUGCUGUUUGUUGCAUAGAUAUAGGUUUGCUUCUCUGUUUGAAGAAGGAGUAUUUCCAUCUUCUCUUACAGAAGAGUGUUAGAUUGAAACCUUAGUAGUUACUUUGUAUUGCAAGCAGUGACAAUGAGAAGACAUUUUUCUUCGAAAUUCUUUCAA